AUGGCGACCGCUUUAAAACCACCUUUCGUCACUCCGCACCGAGGUCUCGAGCGGUUUACCGUCGCUACAAUGGGGUUGGCAACCUCGCCCGGGUUCUUUCAGCAACGUAUGGAAGAAAUCCUAGCGAAAUUCUUAUGGCGAUUCGCGUUGGUCUAUGUCGACGACAUCAUUAUCUACUCGCGUUCGCUAGACGACCAUCUCCAUCACAUGCCAGAAGGUCAUCGGAGUAAUCGGUUGGCGAAUUGGGCUUUAACCCUUAGCACGUAUCUUCCGCGCAUGCAAAUCCGCUAUCGCAAAGGCGCUUCCCAUGACAACGUUGAUGCUCUAUCCCGAUUACGCAGUCUCGAGGACGAUUCUGAAGAGAUCCCCCGAGAUGAUCAAGACAAGCUACGCCAGGUGCUCGCCCAGCAGGCGGAAGGAACCACAGAUGAGUUCGUCGCUGCUAUAUCCGACGUGGGCGUAGCCCUCUCGAACGAUAUCAAAGACCAAUUGCGUAAGGACCUACCGGCUGAUCCAGCCUUGGGGAAGGUCUAUCGUAAGGUAGCGCGAGAGGGAAAAUAUCAUUCGUUUACGCUUCACGACGGUCUCUUGUUUUUCACCAACGAUCGCCUCUGCAUCACGCAAACCCUAGCCGAAAGCCUUAUUCGCUUGUGUCAUGACGCAGCCGGACAUCCAGGGCUUCAUCGGACGGAAGACAUUGUUCGCCGAUCCUUCUUCUUGCCUCACGCUCGCAGACGAAUCCUCGAUCGCAUUUCACGAUGCCCGAAUUGCCAGCUGUCUAAGCCACCCAACCACGCUCAGUGGGGCAAAUCACACCCCAUCUCGUCCCCGAAAGAGCCGUUCGAGGUCCUCUCGAUAGAUUUCAUUACCGGACUGCCCGUAAGCGACAGCCGUGACACUAUAUUGACAGUCACGGACAAAUUCUCCAAAGCCGUGAUUCUAGUCGCAGGGCAAGAGAAGUGGGACGCGCCGCGGUGGGCGGAAGCGUUCUAUAAGGAGGUGAUCUGCCGCUGGCAGCCCCCGCUGGCGAUUAUCUCAGACAGGGACCCCAAAUUCACGUCGCAAUUUUGGAAGUGCGUUCUUCGGUUGAUGGGAGUCAAGAGCUGGAUGACGACCGCCUACAAUCCUCGCUCAAACGGCCAAAGUGAACGAACCAAUCUCACUGUCGAAGUCACCUUGCGAGCGCUUCUCAUAGGCAAGUAUGAAGCGGGCUGGAACGCCCUGCUCAACCAGGUGGAAAGAACGUUAAAUUCGGUAGCUGCCCACCCGGCAGCGAUCUCUCCUUUCGAGUUACUCACGGGCGUGAAACCAAGGUGGCUACCAUUAAAGAACGAGGAAGCUCCGGCGGACGUAGCUGAGUUCAUCGCCGCACGGGACGCAGUGCGGCGGGACGUCCUGGAUUUGUACGCUCUCGCAAAAGCCAAGAUGGCCGAGUCCUUCGACCGCUCCCACUCUCAGCCAAUCAUUCGGGUAGGCGACUUCGCGUUCCUGAACCUGGCCCGCAAAAACGAGAAAGGGUAUGUCGUUCGAGGAUCCUCCAAACUUUCGCCCCUGCGAAUAGGCCCAUUCAAGGUCGUCGAGAAGAUCUCGGAUGUCGCCUUCCGCCUACAGCUUCCCCCCAAAUGGCGUAUGCACCCCGUUAUUUCCGUCAUUCAUUUGGAAAAGACGCUCUUACGUCCCGCAGACCUCGAACACCCGCCACCCGAACCAGUCAUGGUAGAUGGUCAGCCACAAUUUGAGAUCGAAAAGAUCAUCGGAAGACGCAUGGAGAGCGGCGAGACCUACCUCCAGAUCAAGUGGAAAGGAUACGAAGACCCAACCUGGGAAUCUCUCGACGUGAUCGCAGAGGAUACCCCGGACCUUGUCAAAGCCUUCAUGGCCAAGAAGCCGCGCGGUCGACCGCGUAAAAAGUAA